UGUACUAUAUUUUUUAAAACAACAGCUCCAUGAAAUCCAUUUGUGUCAAUGGAGGCUUGUAAGUCUCUAUCCUCCUGUGUCUCUCAGCUCAGCCCUCUUGUUGGUUCAACUGCUAUCACAUCGGAAGCUGAUUUAUCAGGUCUAAAUUACUGUUGACAUGCCAGUAUUAUACACUUUUGCUGUAUUCAUACACAGUACUAUUUAAAUGAUACUGAUAUCAAUGUGUGAGAGUAAACACAUAGCCUUAUUUGAUGAGAGACUGAUACAGAAGAUUUACUGUCAUCUCAGUGGAGUUCAAUCAUAUCGCGUACAACAUGCUUAGGCAUGAUUCCCGCUAUAUGUGGUCAUCCCUAAUGAGGGCCGAAGCACAGACUAUGCUGCCCAUCAGCACUUGGAUGAGAGCACACUAUGCCUUUGCCAGGGCCUACUGCUGCCAGUAUACUUUAUAACUUAGGAAGUGGUAUUGUAGUAAUAAGGUAUAUUUCUAGAGACUCCAUUAAAUAGAGGACUCUCAUGGUUCUUUGCAGUGUGAUUGCCUCUUGUGGAGAGCACGGUACUGUCUGCUGUUUUGUUGUCGUCGCAUCUGUCUCUUCGGUUUUGAGUUUUUUCAAGUGCAAGACGACAACACCAGGCUUGCAGUUGUAUCAGGUUUUGAGAAAACAGCUGAGGCUACAGCUCCACCAGAAACCAUACUAAACAUCUGGAAAUGGUUACUGGAUCGCAACUGAGGGUGGAGCUACAACAGAUCCCCCAGGUUAUUGGGAAACAACUGAAGUUGGAGCUACAUAAGAAAUCCUGGCUACAAAAACUGCCACUGAAAUAAAAAGAAUAGUGUGUAAAUGGUUUUAAUUGUUGAGCAUACGUACAAAAUAUUUGCCUUUCCCUGUUUUUAUCUGAAUGGCUUGUCUGAUUGAUGUGUUGUUUUUUUCUGACAAUUUUAAACAACAGUUUCAACUAAAUCAGAGCAAUUUAUUGAGUGUAUUAAAAUUGGCAAGAUCUGAUUGUUGGGAUUAUGAUGAUUGUCUGAUUUGCUGAUAUAUUGCAGUCUGGACCAAAGUGGUUUACAAACCACCUCAGCGACUGGGCCAUCUGUACAGUCACUGCUAAAUCUAAGUGUGGCCGAAAUGUGAAAAAUAAAUGGAUAUAAUUUGGAUACAAGUUUUUUAAGAAUAUGUGAAACAUCAGUUGCAUUUUUUUGUCUUUGAAUGGAUCUGUUAUGUGUAAUGUUUACAGGACAAUUACAUAUUACUUUGUUUAUGCUGCCCUUUUAUUUGAAAAUUUCCAGGCUUUAUAGGCCAACAUAGUAACACAGUAUUGACCAAUAUUUUAUUUUAUUACAUUCCAUCCUCUAUUCAUUUUAAAACUGAUGUAUUUUACAUAUUUUUAUUAUAAAUUUCCGUUUAAUCCUUCUGUAUUUUGACCUUUACUGUAGUUGCUUUAUCUUUUUUCUUACUGCAUGACCGUCAUGCGCCAAAUUACCAGAUUCUUGUAUAUGAAAACCUACUUGGCAAUGAACCUGUUUCUGAGUUUGAUUUAUAUUAGUUUGCAAAUACACAUGUACAGAUCAUCACUGCAAUGGACAUUUUUUUUUGAUCAGCUCCUUUUUAAGCUCCCAAAAACCCUCAUGAAGUUUUACUCGUAUGGCCAACACCUUAAAACACAUCCUGAGGACACAGGUGAAGAACAUUUAUGGAUGCUUUAUGAUAGUUAACCAUGUGUGUAUUUCUCAGGCACAAUGAUUACUGAGUCAUCUAUCACUAUCGCUAUUGGUGGCAAGAAAAACUUUAUGAUCUGUCACCAUUGACUGCUGGCUAUAUAAGCUGCAAUGUUGAGCAUCUGAAGCAGAAGAUGAAUGAAUUCACCAUGUGGACUCUUGUGGUUCUUUACAGCCUGAUCGCCUCAUGUGGAGUGCAAGGUUAUUGGGGAACAACUGAAGGUGGAGCUACAGCACCACAAACAGCACCAGGUUAUUGGGGAACAACUGAGGGUGGAGCUACAGCACCACAAACAGAUUCGAUAACUGCACCAUGUGGUGGAUACCUGUACGGCAGCAAUGGCACUUUUUACAGUCCCAACUAUCCAAACAACUACCCGAAUUCUGCAUCCUGUACCUGGUACAUCAGACCAGGACAGCAAAUCGUGCAGCUGGACUUCUCCUAUGUAAAUAUUGAGCAUCACUCAUCUUGUGGUUUUGAUGCCAUUAACGUCUAUGAUGGCUCCAGUAGCAGCAGCAGGCUUUUGGGGAAGGUGUGUGGAACUGUUCCCAACACAACCACCUUUUACUCCACUGGUGCCUAUUUGACUGUGUUCUUCCGGAGUGACUCAAGUGUGACCAAGUCAGGAUUUCGUGCUGACUACAGGAUUGUGUCUUCAGGCUCCUGCAGAUACAACUGUGGCUACCAGGUUGGAAACUGUUCUUGCUCUUCAGACUGUGAAUACAGAGGGAACUGCUGUCCAGACUAUUUGGAUUUCUGCCCAACAUCAACUGUGGGACCACCAACCUCAGAUCAGCCCUCAUGUCGGUACAACUGCGGCUACAACAUGGGAAGCUGCUCCUGCUCAAGCUCUUGUCAAUACAAUGGAAACUGCUGUCAUGAUUACUACAAUUACUGCUAUUUCACCACUGAAAGUCCUGUCAGUCCCACCACAGAUCAGCCCUCGUGUCGGUACAACUGUGGCUACCACAUGGGAAGCUGCUCCUGCUCAAGCUCUUGUCAAUACUAUGGAAACUGUUGUCAUGAUUACUACAAUUACUGCGACUCAACCACUCAAAGUACUGUCAGACCCACCACAGAUCAGCCCUCGUGUCUGUACAACUGUGGCUACCACAUGGGAAGCUGCUCCUGCUCAAGCUCUUGUGAAUACUAUGGAAACUGUUGUCAUGAUUACUACAAUUACUGCUAUUUUACCACUGAAGUUCCUGUCAGACCCACCACAGAUCAGCCCUCAUGUCGGUACAACUGCGGCUACAACAUGGGAAGCUGCUCCUGCUCAAGCUCUUGUGAAUACUAUGGAAACUGUUGUCAUGAUUUCUACAAUUACUGCUAUUUCACCACUGAAAGUCCUGUCAGUCCCACCACAGAUCAGCCCUCGUGUCGGUACAACUGUGGCUACCACAUGGGAAGCUGCUCCUGCUCAAGCUCUUGUGAAUACUAUGGAAACUGUUGUCAUGAUUACUACAGUUAUUGCGGCUCAACCACUGACAUACCCACCACAGCAGCCCCCUGUGGAGGCUAUCUCUUUGGCUCUGGCACCUUCACCAGCCCGAACCACCCCUCCUACUACCACGACAACGCCUACUGUAUCUGGCAGCUCAGAGCUGCGGAUGACCAAAGAAUCUUCCUGCAAUUCACAUACCUGCAAUUGGAGAACUGCUGCUCCUGUGACUACAUUGAAGUCUACAAUGGGCCGUCUGUUGGCUCACAAUUUCUGGGCAAAGUGUGCAACGGCAAUCUGACUUCUUUCUACUCCUCCUCAAAAUACAUGACCGUGCGCUUCCGGACUGACGGAUCUGUGGUUGGCCGAGGGUUCAAGGCUGAGUUCUUAAGUUCUUUGCCGCCAGACUCAGGUCGGGUGGAGUGUUCUUCAGACAACAUGAACAUUGUGAUUGGGAAGUCAUACCUGGACUCUCUCGGCUACAGUGGCCACAAUCUGUACCUGAAUGACCCGAACUGCAGACCCCAGGUUUCCAGUUAUCAGGUGGUCUUCAGAUUCCCCAUUAACUCUUGUGGAAACAUUCAAAAGUUUGAGAAUGGCAGUGUUGUGUACACCAACGCUGUCCGCGCCUACCCAUCCAGCUACGGAGAGAUUACACGACAGUCUUUCUUAAAGCUGAAUGUGGGCUGUCACAUGGACCAGGACUCAGUGUCUCAGAUUAUGUAUAUUGCCCGUCACCAUGAUAACGGCACCAUUGUGGGCACAGGCCAAUUCAACACCAGCAUGCGUUUCUAUACGUCCAGCAGCUUCUACUAUGAGGUCACUCAGUUUCCUUAUGAGGUAAUGCUGAACCAGAACUUAUACAUCCAAGUGACCCUGAGCAGGAGUGACAGCAGACUGGUGCUCUUUCUUGACACCUGUGUGGCCUCACCGACACCCUAUGAUUUCAAUACCAGAGCUUACUACUUGGUCCGCAACGGAUGUGCUACAGACAGCACCUACUAUGCCUACACCACUGGCACCCGUCCAUAUGCCCGUUUCAGAUUUAGGGCAUUCCAGUUCCUGCGAGCCACGGAGUCAGUCUACAUCCAGUGCAAGGUCCUGAUAUGCCAAGCCUCUGACUACAAUUCCCGCUGCCGUCGUGGCUGCAGCAGACGUGCAACCAGAGACCUGGGGUCAGAACAUGACAGCCAAACUCUGGUCCUGGGUCCCAUCCAGCUCAAAGACACUGAGAAAAAAGAAGAAGGGACUCAUGAGCAGGACAAGGCUUAACUUGACACAGCAAUGAGCUGCUUCAGUCAUCUUUACCAGUCAUUACAGCUCUCACAAUUCUGUUCACCGUGAGACUGAAUUAUACUCAAUAAUUAUUAAAAGCAUCAUCAAAAGACAAUCUGUGUAUCUUAUUAUGUCAUUUUUUUUU